AUGAGACCAAAUCUCCCCUUCCUGCAAGCCCUUCUGUUCUUCUUCAGCCUGGCUGCUGGGGAUUUGGAGGAUGUGGGAGAUUUGGGAGCCCUGAUCCCUUUCUCCAACUCCAGAUCCUUCUCAAGUGUUGGCUCCAGCUCCAACUUCAGUGCCGGCUCUGGCUCCUUGGGUGACAGCAGUUCCCUGACCCAGUCGUUUUCCAAUUUGACCGGCUCUGUGGAUGACCACGGGACCUGCCAGUGCUUCGUUUCCCUGCCGGACACCACCUUUCCCGUGGAGAGAGUGGAAAGCUUGGAAAUCACAGCUCACAUUCUCUACCAGAAGUUUGAGAUAGAGCUUUCUAAAGUGAAGGAAUAUAUCCAGUUAAUCAGUGUGUAUGAAAAGAAACUGUUAAACCUUACUAUUCGAAUCGAGAUCAUGGAAAAGGAUUCCAUUUCUUACACUGAACUGGACUUUGAGUUGAUCAAGCUGGAAGUGAAGGAGAUGGAGAAACUGAUCAUACAGCUGAAGGGCAGUUUUGUUGGAAGCUCAGUAAUUGUUGACCAGCUGGAAGUGGAGAUAAGGAAUAUGACUCUCCUGGUAGCGCAGCUUGAGACACUAGACAAAAACAAUGUCCUUGCCAUUCGCCGAGAAAUCGAGGCUCUGAAGAAAAAGCUGAAGGAAUGUGAGGCCUCUAAAAGUGAAAAUGGCCUGCUCAGCCCCCCUCUUCCUGCUCCAGGGAGCUGCAGUCAUGGUGGUGUGGUGAACAUCAGCAGACCCUCUGUGGUUCAGCUCAACUGGAGAGGGUUUUCCUAUAAAUUUGGUGCCUGGGGUCGGGAUUACUCUCCCCAGGAUCCAGACAAAGGGCUGUAUUGGGUGGCGCCAUUGAAUACAGAUAACAAACUGCUGGAAUAUUACAGACUCUACAACACGCUGGAUGAUUUGCUAUUGUACCAAAAUUCUGGACAGUAUCGGAUCACCUAUGGCCAAGGUAGUGGUACAGCAGUUUACAACAAGAACAUGUAUGUCAACUGGUACAACUCCCAGAACAUUGCCAGAGUUGACCUGACAACUAACACGGUUGCUGUGUCUCGAACUCUCCCUGAUGCUGUCUAUAAUAAUCGUUUUUCAUUUGCUAAUGUCGAUUGGCAAGAUAUUGCCUUUGCUGUGGAUGAGAAUGGAUUGUGGGUGAUUUAUUCAACUGAAGCCAACACUGGUAACAUGGUGAUUAGUAAUCUCAAUGACACUACACUUGAGGUGCUAAACACUUGGUAUACCAAGCAGUAUAAACCAGCUGUUUCUAACAUCUUCAUGGUAUGUGGGGUUCUGUAUGCCACCCGUACUGUGGACACCAAAAGAGAGGAGAUUUUCUACUACUAUGACACAAACACAGGGAAAGAGGGGAGACUAGAGAUUGUAAUACAUAAGAUGCAGGAAAGAGUGCAGAGCAUUAACUAUCACCCUUUUGAGCAGAAACUUUUCGUCUAUAAUGAUGGUUACCUUCUGAAUUAUGAUCUUGUCUUCCAGCAGGAACCCCAGAAGGAACCCCAGCUGAGUGUAGAGACAGAUAUGGCCUUCAAAAUGCAACAAGAUAUGAAGAUAAAGAUAUGUAUGCCGUGUGAGAUGCUACUCUUGGGAGUUGACACUUUCCCCAGAACUCCUGAGGUGAUGGUGCAGAUGGAGCCACCCCAGGGCCUUCAGCAGGCUCUGAUCUGCACCGGAGAGAAUCUUGGUAAGUCAUGGUAG